GGAAGUAUGUGUAAUGGGAUGGAAGAAAAAAGACAAUCAAACAAGACUGGUCUUUUAGGAAUAUAAAUAACUUUGUGCACUCAUGUUGUACCUGCAUCCAUUCUACCGCAGAAAGUAAAUUAAUAUUCAAUGGAGUGGUACUAAAUUGAUCCCAUUCUUGUGCAGCCGUCCUAUUUGGACUGUACAAUGAAUGUAAGCUCUUGUGAUAUGGAGGAGCUGGGAAUCUGAUGUAUUUCCCCCACAAUUAUCUAGCUCAAAUAUUUGCAGUACUAUCCUGUAAUGGCUAUGCAAGAGCCUGGCAGGACUAAAGGCUUCUCUUGCAAACACUGUGGCACAGUGUGCUCCAACAUGCCAAGCCUUCUGGAACACAUGGAUAGUCACUUCCAGCUAGAAGAAGAUCGCAAGUUCAAAUGCGAUGAAUGUGGCCGAUGCUACAGGCAUGCAGGUAGCUUGGCUAACCACAAGAAAACACACACGUUGGGUUCUUUUCAAUGUCCAAUAUGUGCUAGGAAGCUCUCAAACCCUCUGGCCCUGAAGAGCCAUCUGCGCAUCCACACAUCACAGAAGAAGUACUCCUGCAUGGACUGUGGGAAGGCCUUUAGGCUAGCUACUCAGCUGGCCACCCAUCAAAAGGUCCAUCUCUCUGGGCAAUCAAAGAGGAGAGCCGGUUGGAGGGCCACUGCAGAAUAUUCUCCAAUUGAGAAUAGAGAUGAAAUUGAAGAUCAUGAUGACUUUGAAAUGCCGUCGUACUUGGUGGCUGACCAGCAAGACACGGGGAUGGAUAUUGUGUCUGGUAAUAACCUUAGCCAAGAGGAGGCAGAGGUUAUCCCCAACUCAGCAAAUUAUAGUGAAAAUCUAGGCUUCGAAGCAGGGGAUCGACCUUUCAAAUGUGAUCAGUGUGAAAAGUCAUAUAGACACCAUGGAAGCCUGAUCAAUCAUAAGAAGUAUCACCAGGUAGGGAUGUUUGAGUGCCCUAUCUGUUUAAAGCAGUUCAAUAAUCUUGCUGCCCUCCAUAGUCACCAGAGAACCCACAACAAGUCCAAAAGUGGGCCAGACACCCAUUCCUUGGAAGUCACUUACGCAGGCAGAGCACCAGAGCAGUUUUCACCCCUGAACAGGGAUGUUCCAGUGCAUUUCUGUCACCUGUGUCAAGUGAUGUUUCCUAAUGAUGAUGAGUUCCAGGAACACAUACAAAAGCAUAAUUCUUCCUCUAUGUCCUUUGGGCACGAUCAAGAUUUAUCUGAGGAUCAUCAUGAUUCUUAUGACCUUAGUGUCACUCCUUCUCCUGACUCAAACUUUUAUUCACCACCUCUAAACAGUACUCCAUUGAUUGAUCAUCAAGGGGAGCAGAUCAAUGAUAUUCAAAUAUACUCUGACCACUCCAGUAACAAAUCCACCUUGAAUACUCCGGGAGAGCCCUUAAUCUUGGAAUCAGAGAUUCCUGCUGACGAUCUAAGUAAGGCAGAAAAGUCCUCAGUUACAGAAAACGGUGAGCGCCGCUACAAGUGCCAGGUCUGUGGCAAAAGCUACCGGCAUGCCGGGAGUCUCAUCAACCACAAGCGUUCUCAUCAGACAGGCAUUUACCAGUGUUCCAUCUGCCGCAAGACUUACCCACACAUGGCUGCCCUCCGCAGCCAUGUCCGCAUCCACAGGGCCCAUCCGUCCUCCUUUAACCUCAGCUCUGAAGGAGACUGGCUCUCUUCUGAGCCCCUAACGCUGGAGAACCAGCAGGCCUGCUUCUCCUCUCAGGAGGGAGAUGCUAGCAAUAUGAUGACUCUCGCUCAGGAGAACACGAGUGAACACGGCAUUGGAGGAUCAUGCCAUGUGCAGUUUGACUCCGCCUUUCCCCAGGACAGAACUGUGCACCUACCUCACAACGAACGCCUGAUGGAGAGUCACAUGUGUGCAGACUGUGGCGAAACAUUUGCAGACAUCGCAGGAAUCAAAUUGCACAUAUGCCCCCUGCUACAACCGCAGCAAGAGGCCAUGUCAAAUGACUAUGACAGUAACUUAACCUUCUUGGACACUAAUGGACGAUGCACCAUGGGAAAUCCAGGAGAUCAUGUAGAGUUCCAGGGACUGAAUGACAGCCCUAGACAAAGGUACUGUGGUGAACAUGACUUCCAUGAAGGCCAGAAUGGGGAGCAGUUAAAUGGUGAUGGCAAAGAAGAGGAUGAAGAGGAUGAUGACGGAGAGCUCUAUCAGUGCUCAGCGUGUGGGAACCGCUACACAAGCAUGAGGGCUCUGAGGAGCCAUCUUCGUGGCCACACUCAAUCCCAUGGUACUCCUACAAGCUCCGGCCCCUCCUCCAUGUCCUCCCUAGAGGCUGAAAAUGAAGAGGACCCUGGAAAGAGACAUCAGAUGGAUGGGGGUCUGAUGAUCUGCAGUACUUGCGGAGAGAGUUUUGCCAAGAAGCAGGACAUGCUUGCCCAUCAGCUCAUACACAAUAAAGCACAGGCAGAUGAUGCUAAACACAUACAUAUGGACAAUAGUGAUGGAACUAGGCACAAAGAGGAGGUGGACAGCAGCAUCUGUGGAAAUUGUGGUAUAUUUUGCACCAGUUACCAUCAUCUUGAGACCCAUCAAUGUACAACAAAUGUGAAAAGUGAAUCUGCAAACGGUGUUGAAAAAAAUGAAAUGGGCGGCUCUGUCAACGGUAAAGAAUUAGGACACACGAAAGAGAAUUUAAACAAUGGGGAUCGCCAGUACAAGUGUGAUCAGUGUGGAAGAGCAUACAGACAUGCUGGCUCCCUUCUUAACCAUAAAAAGUCCCACAAAACUGGAGUGUUCCGCUGCAUGGUUUGCCAGAAGCGCUUCUACAAUCUACUGGCCCUUAAGAACCAUCAGAGGACCCACUUUGAUGUUAAGAGACAUGCGUGCAAUGAAUGCGGGAAGGCAUUCAAGAUAGAGAAGCAACUAUUGAACCACCUCAGAAUUCACAAGGAGAACCAUGCCAAAAUACAGGAGCUCAACAACCAGAUUCAGGCCGUCAUGCAGACGAAUGGCACGAGGUCAGAGGGAGGAAUGCGCUUGCUUAAUGCACCUGCCAAUCAAGCCACCACCACCCACAAAAAGCAUAGGCCAACCCUCAACAGAAAGAAACCCAGUGUGGAGGAGGGGGCUCAGACUGGAGUCAAAUCAGUGGAUGCAGGCGACCCUCGCCCCUACUCCUGUGACCAAUGUGGGCGAACGUAUCGACACGCAGGAAGUCUGGUCAAUCACAAGAACUCCCACAAGACAGGUGAAUACUACUGCUCUGUUUGUAACAACACCUACUCCAACCAGCUGGCUAUGAAGAACCACCUGCGCAUCCACUUCUCAAUUAAAAAGCACAGUUGUCAAGACUGUGGUAAGGCCUUUAGGGGAAAGAAGCAGUUGUCUAGCCAUAUUUGCGCACACCUCAGAAAGGAUAUGCCAGGAGGGGUCAGGGGAAGAGGUCGCAGACGAGCAAGAAACGUUAAAUGUAAGCAGUGCAGACAGACGUUUAUAUCCGCUGACCAACUGACAGCCCAUACCUGUGGGUCACUGGCAAACUCAUCAGAGGGCAGCGAUGGACAAACGAGUAUGUCCUUGAAAAGGGAGGAGCGACCAUUCACCUGCAUCAUCUGCAAUCGCAGCUACCGCCACGCGGGCAGUCUCCUGAAUCAUAAAAACACUCAUAAGUCCGGCGACUUCAGCUGCACGUUCUGCUCCAAGCCCUUCUCUAACCCCAUGGCGUUACGCAACCACACGCGAAUCCACACACAGAAGAAGAAGCAUGUCUGCCUGACCUGCGGGAAGGCGUUUCGGUUGGCCAGUAUCCUCCAUAACCACCAGAAGGUCCACACCAGGGUGGCCAACCACUUCAGCUGCCCAGAAUGUGGCAAGAGCUUCCAGGGCAAGUCUGGGCUGAAGAGGCACCGCUGCCGGGGGGGCCAGGAUGACUCGGCUAGAGCUUGUGACGGCGAUCACAGAGAGAGUGGAGACAAGUGCUUCACGUGUGACCUCUGUGGACGCUCGUACCACCAUGCUGGCUCCCUGCUCAACCAUAAAAAGACGCACUCCGAAAACCUCCACCACUGUACCUUGUGCCUCCAGACUUUCCCCGACACCCUCGCCCUCCAGGUCCACUCCCAGAUGAAGCGCCACUGCUGUCCAGACUGUGGCAAGACCUUCUGUCUCAUCUCGCACCUGCAGAACCACAUGGAGGUGCACUCCAAGGACUGCACCCUGGUCUGCAGCCCCUGCCAUCAGAGCUUCCCCAACCCAGCCAUGUACCAACAACACCAGGAACUGCACCACCGGGCCCAAGGGCAUUAUCAACAACACAACAUGCAAAUGGAGGAUGACCUAGGCUGGGAAUCGGGACUAGACCAAACCAUGGAGCUCCAAGGCAUCCCCAAGCUGGUACCGGCGUUUGCCCACAUGCACGGUGGCAUGCCCGACCAGCAGGAGAGCAACGAGGCGCGCUGUAUAGGGGAGAAGAGCCACGUGUGUGAGCACUGCGGCCGCACCUACCGCCAUGCAGGUUCCCUCCUCAACCACAAGAACAGUCACAAGACCGGCUCCUUCACCUGCUCCGUGUGCCAGAAGGAGUUCACCAACCUGAUGGCGCUGAAGAACCACCGGCGCAUCCACACGGAGCCCAAGCGCUACCAGUGCCUGGAGUGCGGCAAGGCCUUCCGCGUGUCCACCCAGCUCAUCUGCCACCGGAGGAUCCACACCAAAGAGAAGCCCUUCUCCUGCCUGCUGUGCGACAAGUGCUUCUCCAGCAAGUCAAACCUGCGCCACCACCAGAAGAUUCACCAGAGUGGUGGCCAGGACUACGAGUCCUCCUUCGGCAUGGAUACGAACAGUUUUAUGGACAUGGGCUCUUUUCUCUGAGUCAGGACGCCGUGUCAAAUACUUAUUAUAUUGUUCUCCCCAUUCACUGGACCCCUAUCGGUAAUUGUAAAGUGGCGCGUUCCACAGAGCCCCAGUGGAGACGGCGUUUACUCUUGAUGUUGAACUCUUCAAAGCUGCCUCACAAACAUUUCAUUUUUCUGAUUCUGCUUUGGUCAUACACUUUUGGAGUGGUAGAAGGAUUUCCGAUCUUACCUCUAGCAGGGAUUGUGGCACUGUUAAAAUUCCCAGACGGGCACAGGCGACGGUGUCUCGUCAAAUCUUUAUCAGAUUGUUUUCGCACGGAGUGCACAUUGUCAUUGAAUCGUUUACCGCUAUAGGAGUGAGAACUAAUGGACCUCCUUUCAUACUGACUGUAUCAAUGUCCUCACAAGGUAGACGGUUCACUUUGGUUGGGAAAUUGACUGACGUAACAAAACUGCUUCAGCCCAGUUCCUGCAUGUGAGCUUGAUUUACACAUUAAUGACUCAUAUUUUUAUGAGGAAAGUGCUGUUCUGAAAUGGUAAUUUCCUCUCGCUAUCUAUUACUGUGUUCAGUGCCUCCGUCGGUUCAAUUCUCUGCCCAGCUUAUCAAAAGUGCGGGCUGCUCUCAAUAUUUUCCCAUAGGUUAGAGAAAAGUGAUCAAUUUGACCUUUUCUGAUGUGGCUUCAAUAAGGAUGACCUCCUAGUCUUACCCAGAGGAUGAUAUCAAAGGUAUUUACUGAAAUCAUGUAAUCAAGUUGGUGGUAAUCAAAUGGUUUUAGUGUUGGUGAUAUUUGGGUACACCUUUGAGUGACAUUUGUAUGCUAAAUGGACAUAUUUAAUUAUUUAUUCCUGUUCUUUUUUUAAACUUAUUUUAAAUUUCUGUGUGUACUUUGAGAUAUCACAGUUUCUAUGAAUGUUACCUUGACUCUUAAGAAAUAUCCUAUGUAGCAUUUAAGGAAAUUCCUCAAUCUGUAAUUCCAUUCUCAAUGGGUGCGACUCCAACACAGGUAGGAAUGCAUUAGCCAAGGACAGUGGUCUUGCCAGCACUGUGGUUUUGCCACAUUAAAAUGUCUGAUGUGCAAAGCAUUGUAGAUAAUUAUCCAUGUCUGAAUUGGGCAUUACUUUAUUUUUACAGGUGCCAUUUCUCACCCAUGUCUUGUUCAAAUAAGAAUUGUAGGUGUUCUUGUCCAUAAUCACCCAUGACAAUUUUCAGAAAUUUUGCAAACCUUUACAAUACGAAACACAUGCUUUUGACUUCUCAAACUUUCAAAGGUAAACUCAGCAAAAAAUUUAACGUCCUCUCACUGUCAACUGCGGUUAUUUUCAGCAAACUUAACGUGUAAAUAUUUGUAUGAACAUAAGAGU